ACCAUUUGGAGUUUUUCCACUUAAAAUCCUGUGUCCUCUACCCGUCAUUAAACACCAACCUGCGAGUCUGCCACAAAGAAAAAAAUCAGAGCAAACCUGCGUCGGAACGUCACUCCCAUUACAUAUCCUCCACCCGCAACUCCUCUGCUAGGAUCGAUCUCAUAAGCUACUUUGUUUCAGAGAAACAUCACAUUUUCCACAGCAAGCUUUGGGAGCUCCAAUGAUUCCUUUUGAGUUGCUUGACUGUCAUUCGAAGAGAGGCGUGGAGGAAACUAGAACAUUCUUUCCUACCAGUAAUCCGAUGCUCAUCCAUUUCGAUGAAAUAUACCCAUCGAUCAAAGGUGGAGUUGUGACUAUAGAGAAGGAGCAUUCCACUGAUUCAUAUCGAGGAAUGAAGCAUUUUCGUUCAGGUGAAAGUGAGCUCGUAGAAGAAAAAGGAGAGGGAAGGAGUAGGAAACAAUGUGCAGCUUAUAAGGAUGAGGAUGACUUAUCAGAGAUGUUUGAUAAGGUUUUGCUGUGUACUGAUAUUUCUCCAUCUGGAGCAGGAAAACAACAACAAAAAGGGCGAAGUGGUUGCAAAGGUUCUGCAGAUAAACGCGGAUAUGAAUUUGAAUUUGUGAAUGUAGAGUCUCUUCUGCUCAGCUGCGCAAAAUCAAUUGCAGCUGCUAAUUACAAGGUGGCAGUAGAACAACUAAAGACGAUCAGACAGUACUCUUCCCCUACCGGUGAUCCAAACCAAAGGUUGGCACAUGCAUUUGUGGACAGUCUUGAGGCCCGGCUAGCUGGAACUGGGGCUGAACUGUAUCCUUCAUCAUCAUUUCACAAUAAGAUGGUUGUUCCCGAAAUGCAGAAAUCCAACAUUUCAUCAUAUGUGCCAUUUAUGAGGAUGUCAAUCUUCUUCGCAAAUAGAAUGAUUUAUGAAGCAGCGUCAAAAGGAGCAUCACUUCAUGUUAUAGAUUUUGGUAUUCUUCAUGGUAUCCAGUGGCCUACUCUUAUUCGAGAUCUUUCACAAAGACCUGGUGGCCCUCCAAAGCUUCGAAUAACAGGAAUUGAGCUUCCCCAACCCGGUUUUCGUCCAUCACAAAUGGUAUUGGAGACUGGUUCUCGUUUGGCUAAAUACUGCCAUCGCUUCGGAGUACCAUUUGAAUACAACUCUGUAACAUCAAAGAAUUGGGAGGCAAUUAAGAUAGAUGACUUGAAGCUUGCGAUGGGUGAGGUGGUUGCUGUUAACUGUACUCUUCGACUCAAACGCUUACUAGACGAGACAGUAUGUGGUGUGGACUGCCCAAGGGAUGGUGUUUUAAACUUAAUCCGGGAAGUAAACCCUCACAUCUUUGUGCAUUCUGUUGUCAGUGCAUCUUAUGGUUCUCCUUUCUUUGUUAAUAGGGUCCGGUCGGCUCUCUCCUACUUCUCUGCUGGCUUUGAUAUGCUUGAAACUAUUUUCCCACGAAGCAAUAGUGAAAGGUUAAAUUUUGAACUAGCAGUUCUUGGGCCUGUCAUAGCAAAUAUUGUAGCAUGUGAGGGCAUGGAAAGGUUAGAGAGGCCUGAAACAUACAUACAAUGGCAAAAUCGCAUUACUAGGGCUGGGUUCAGACAAAUGGUCCUAAAUCCUCAAAUUUUCAAAAAGAUAAGAGACAUGGCGAGGGAAGGAUGUCACAAAGACUUUCUUUUUGCUGAAGAUGGUCAUUGGGUUCUACAGGGGUGGAAAGGUCGGAUUUUGUUUGGCAGCUCCGCCUGGACCACUCACAACCAAAAUAUCCUUUAGAAGAUUAUAUAAUAAAAGAUGUCAAUUGUCAUAUGCAAUUAUAUAUUUGCAUAAUGUUAUAGCUGCUCUCUCAAGGCCAUAUGCGAUUAAGAUUGCCCAGUCAUAAUAGUGUGAUUUGUAUCUUAGAUCCAUUAAGAAAUUUUUAAUUUUCACAUGCAAGUAUAUGGAGGGACAAUAAUUUACGUGAAGAAUAAAUGCAGUAAAAAUAAUUAAAACAAAC